AUGGAACUGCCAACAAAGCCUGAUGUCUUUGACCUGGGCCUGGGCACAUGGAACCCCAGCUCAAAGGAGAGUCGAGAGGCUUGGUCACACCGCAAGGGUGUUGGCAAACGACUGCCUGAGUACAAGGCGGUGGUGGUGGGUGCAAGUGGCGUAGGCAAGAGUGCAUUGACCAUCCAGAUGACCCACCAGUGCUUUGUGGAAGACCACGACCCCACCAUCCAAGAUUCCUACUGGAAGGAGGUGGCCCUGGACCGUGGGGGCUAUAUUCUGAAUGUGCUAGACACUGCAGGGCAGGAAACUCACAGGGCCCUGCGUGACCAGUGCUUGGCAGUUGGUGAUGGUGUGCUAGGUGUCUUUGCUCUCGAUGAUCCUUCAUCUCUGACCCAGCUGCAGCAGAUAUGGGCCACCUGGAGUCCUCGCCACCCCCAACCCCUAGUCCUGGUGGGCAACAAGUGUGACCUUGUGACCACCACUGGAGAUGCUCAUGCUGCUGCUAUAGCCCUGGCUCAAAGCUGGGGAGCCCCAUUCGUGGAGACCUCAGCUAAGACCCGGCAAGGUGUGGAGGAAGCCUUUUCCCUGCUCAUCCAAGAGAUCCAAAGGGUCCAGAAGGCCAUGGCAGUGUCAUGUGAGGAGAAGUCCCAGCACCAGAAGGCCAUGUGCAGCUGUGGCUGCUCUGUGGCCUGA